UUCUCAAGAUGGUGGAAGAAAUGGAGAAAUCAACUCAACCGGAGGAACCCGAGAAAUCCUCAUUAUCGUCAGCCACCGACGGAGGAGAUGCAGCAGACGGAUUGGAGGAAGGAGAGAUCGCGGGCGAGUCAGAUGAGAUGCCCAAUCCAGACAAGGGAUUGACGACAAAACACCCGUUAGAGAACUCGUGGACCUUCUGGUUUGAUAACCCCUCUGCUAAAUCCAAACAGGCCGCCUGGGGAAGCUCUAUCCGUCCCGUGUAUACUUUCUCCACGGUUGAAGAUUUCUGGAGUGUUUACAAUAACAUACACCAUCCGAGCAAGUUGGGCAUUGGAGCGGAUUUCCAUUGUUUCAAGCAUAAAAUUGAACCAAAGUGGGAGGAUCCUAUUUGUGCCAAUGGAGGGAAGUGGACUGUAACCUAUGGAAGGGGGAAAUCUGAUACUAGUUGGUUGUAUACGUUGUUGGCAAUGAUUGGGGAGCAAUUUGACCAUGGCGAUGAAAUAUGUGGAGCUGUUGUGAAUGUCCGAAAUAGGCAGGACAAAAUUUCUAUCUGGACCAAGAAUGCUGCCAAUGAAUCAGCCCAGGUUAGUAUUGGGAAGCAAUGGAAGGAGUUUCUGGAUUACAAAGACACAAUCGGUUUCAUAUUUCAUGAUGAUGCGAAGAAACUUGACAGGAAUGCCAAGAAUCGUUACACAGCAUAAGUCUUGACUUCGAAACCAAUUGAAUGCUGGAUAUUAUCCAUACAAAAUGUUCCCAGUAUUAUCAAAUCUUAUGUGAGCUAGUUGUUCGGUGGUUAAUAUAACUUGGACCUGCCCUUUUGCAGUGGAGAGAAUUCCCUAUAUAGGAGUAAAAACGUUUUGAAAUUCCAAAAAAGGAGUAUCAUGUUUUUUAUUCCCUAAAUAGCAUAAAAUAUCUUUCAAGUUUGGGCAUUACAAGGCUUUAAACAUGACAUUUUUUCCAAACUUGGCAAAUUACUCCUAUACAGGGAAUAGAAAACUUGGCAAAUUACUCUUAUUUAGGACAAUUUCUCUUUGCAGUGUUAUUGCACUUCUUUUUGUUCUCUCUCAUGUAGUCAAGCCCUUUUGGUCUUGACCACCAAAUCGUGGGUGAUGGAUGUAUACCAUCUUCGAGUGGAUAUUGGAACGGACUGCCAUGCUUUAUGUAGUUGUUAUUAUCGUAAAACUUUUAUAUACUUUUAGUUCAUGUAUAUAUGGUAUUAUUUUCUUAGGUC